AUGAGGUUGCUACUGUUACUACGCUUCAUUACUCUAUCCUAUACCUUCAAUUUAUGCCAAAUUAUAAACGAUCAUGAUGUGUAUUUUUCCGGAAACUGCACACAUCUAGUACUUUCUCCUCAUGGUUCUGUAAUGGUUCAUCCGCUACUUUAUGACAAAAUUAAAACGGCAACAAAAAUAUACAAAUUUCAUCUAAUGGACUCAAAUCUAACACAAAUUAGUGAGAAGAAAAGGGUAAGGUUGGCAAAAGAUGCAGAAUUAUUUUUGGUAAAUAACACUCGACUAGAAAAAUUGCCUGAUUUCGACAUAGAAGAUGGGAAACGAAUAAAACUGAAGAUUAUUGGAAAUCCACAGCUGAACACUACACAACUGCUGCAAGAGUGCAGAAUGAAGCGCUGCCGUGCCAGAACAGUAAACUCUAUUCAAAUGCCGUUCACGUGCGCAUUCGAACAACCAUUACCAAAAAGGUGUAAAAAUAUCAGCGGUACAGUAUACUUAAAGGGAGGUGAUGAAAGUGUGCAGCAAAUAGAAAUUAUAUACGGCACUCUUGCUCUCGUCAACAGCAACAUGACAAGUUUUCCAAAAUUGGAGAAACUUCGACUGAUUCAACAACGGAUCGCUCGGCCUGUUCUCGUUAUCGAAAACAAUUCAAAUCUGCAUGAACUCGAUGAACUGUUCGGACUUAAUUUUUCCAUUCUCCAUCCCAAGAAGGCGGUCAGAAUUGAGAACAAUCGUAAUUUGUGUAUUGGCAGGAACUACAGUCACGAACUUUUCGCAAUUCAAUAUCUUCAUAGUGUACGAACAUGCGGUAUGUACAUAUGUAUAGUCGGACGAAACGACAUGAAUCACGAAUGUAGUUGCGGUGCGUACGCGCUCGAAACGGCAGCAGUUGGAAGCGAAGUGGGACCAUGGCGAACUUCGGAGAUUGGUGGCGGUAGCGGAGAUCCUUGCACGAUCCCAACCGCUACGCUGCAACGCUUCGCUUCAAGCACUGCGCUUGCGCAACUGUCCGUACUUUAUGUCGUUUUGACCCAACUAUAUUAUUUUGAUUUGGCAACAUUAUUCAGUAAGAUCAUAUUUUCAGGCUCUACAGUCCUUCCAAAUCUUCUGCUCUCUUUUAAACCAUGGAUAAUCUUGCUAUUCUUAUCAGUCAAAUUUCAAAAUUAG